CGGGAGGGGCCCGGCGUCUGAGUUUUUAAAAAAAUGGAACCUUGUUCCUGUGAUACUUUUGUGGCAUUACCUCCAGCAACUGUUGGUAACAGGAUUAUUUUUGGAAAAAAUUCAGAUAGAUUGUGCGAUGAAGUACAGGAGGUGGUUUAUUUUCCUGCUGCAGUUCAUGAUAACCUGAGAGAACAUCUUCAGUGUACUUACAUAGAAAUUGAUCAAGUUCCUGAAACAUAUGCUGUUGUCCUUAGUCGCCCAUCUUGGUUAUGGGGGGCAGAAAUGGGAGCCAAUGAGCAUGGAGUUUGCAUUGGAAAUGAAGCUGUAUGGGGAAGAGAAGAAGUUUGUGAUGAAGAGGCACUACUGGGCAUGGACCUUGUCAGACUUGGCCUUGAAAGAGCUGAUACAGCUGAAAAAGCCCUCAAUGUCAUUGUUGAUCUAUUAGAAAAAUAUGGCCAGGGUGGAAAUUGUUCAGAGGGUAGGAUGGUAUUUAGCUAUCACAAUAGUUUCCUGAUAGCUGAUAGGAAGGAAGCCUGGAUUCUGGAGACUGCAGGAAAGUACUGGGCUGCAGAAAAAGUACAAGAGGGCAUUCGUAAUAUUUCUAAUCAACUUUCUAUAACAACCAAGAUUGAUCGGGAACAUCCAGACAUGAGAAACUAUGCUAAGCGGAAAGGUUGGUGGGAUGGUAAAAAGGAGUUUGAUUUUGCUGCAGCAUACUCUUAUCUUGACACAGCCAAGAUGAUGAUUUCACCAGGCAGAUACUGUGAAGGUUACAAGCUUCUGAAUAAACACAAAGGAAAUAUAACUUUUGAAACAAUGAUGGACAUUCUCCGAGAUAAACCAAGUGGCAUUAAUAUGGAGGGAGAAUUCCUGACCACUGCAAGCAUGGUUUCUAUUUUACCUCAAGACUCCAGCCUUCCUUGCAUUCACUUCUUCACAGGGACUCCCGAUCCUGAGAGAUCCAUUUUUAAGCCUUUCAUAUUUGUACCAAAUAUUCCACAACUCUUGGAUACGAGUUCACCAACAUUUGGACAUGAAGAUCCAGUUAAAAAGAAGCCACGUUUUCAGUUUAAGCCUGACAGAAGACACCCACUCUACCAAAAACAUCAACAGGCACUGAAAGUAAUUGAUAAAAAGGAGGAAAAAGCCAAAACCUUGUUGGACAACAUGAAGAAACUGGAGAAAGACCUAUUCAAAGAGAUGGAAUCAAUUCUUCAAAACAAGCAUCUUGAUGUGGAUAAAAUAGUUAAUCUCUUUCCUCAGUGUGCAAAAAAUGAAAUUAGAAUUUAUAAGUCAAACAUUAGUCCUUAGUGGUCAUGUAUAGUCAGCAAAAUCUUCUUUAAAGUCAGAAUCUAUCACCUAUCAUCUAUCAUCUAUCAUCUAUCACAAUGUUAUCAUUGGUAAAUGAUAACAACCUAAUUUGAGCAGAUCUGAUUAUUCUUUAAUAGCAUUUACAUUAAUGGCCUAUGAGAACUACAUAUAUAUAGCCUUGCUGAAAUACUGAGAAUGAAAAUAACAUUGGAAUUAGGCAUGUAUAUCAUGGAAUAGCCAGGAGGUAUUUCACGUAUUUAUUUGCCUAAUUUUUUUAGCCAUAAUACCUUUUAAAAAAUUAUAAUAAUUAAAUAUUUAAUUCUUCAUAAAACAUAAAAUAUUAAAAUAAUACAUACAUUUAUGUUUAUUAUAGUUAUGUUUGGCCUCAAAUAAUUUUCUGAUUUACAGAAAGCAGAUUUUUCUUUAGUAAUGAAAAUACUGUUUCUCAAGUAAUGAGUUUUUCUCAUUAGGCACAUACUAAUCAUCUCUAACAAAAUAUCCUAAAUUUACACAUUGUCUUAUUAUAGUGUAUUAAUUAUGCAAAUGCGCUUUUAUUAAACUCAAACAUGCUUUUUUUCAAGGCUUGGCUGACCAGUGAGCUUUUAGCUCUAAUUAUCAAGCAUUUUUUCAGCCAUGCAUCUUUAUAGGCUUUAAUAUUUUUAGAAGAGCUUGUCUGGGGAUUAGGAAAUGGGAUAAGGGAACCAAGACCUUAGGAGACACUAUUUCUGUGUCUCAUAUCUUUCUCAAAUUUUAUUUCUGUUCACUCAGUUAAAAACAGCAACAGGAGUGAGACAGUGGCAAUGAAUAGGAUCGUUAGUGUAUUAUGAACGUUAAGAACAUUAUAGUGUAUAGCGUAUUGUGAACAUUAUAAAUGAGUAAUAUCUACCCAAAGUUUAUAAAACUUUGUCAAAGUUACGUAGAGAUUACCACGUAAGACUCAAAAUUGCAAAUAUAAACAAAAGAAAAAUCCAACUCAAAAUAACACUAUUUAUUGGUUUCUACAUAUAUCUAUUUUAGGUAUUAUCAUAUUUAUUGGUUACUAUCACUGUAAUUAGGAUUAUGACUAAAGUAGUAGAUCACUGUAUCUAAAGAGUGCCCAGGAAAUUUUUUUAAAAAGUUCUUUCAUAACAACCAUAAUCCGUCUGAUGUUGCUCUUGUCUAAUACAGGGCUGCCAUUACAAAUGAAAAGAUAUUUGUCUCAAGCACUCAGUUAAUUCUGUGUUUGCCUUAGAUAUGGUUCAGUGUUAGGUUCUCCCCAAAUCAUGAAGACCCCUGGCCAACCCCUACACCUCUUUUCUCUAUCUUAAUAUAUGAGGAAACUAAGGGGAAGCAGUCCCUUCAUUUAUCCAGGGACCAUACUUAAAUCUUAUUUCUCUCCCUAGGGCCAACAUAUUUUCUCUUUCUCUUCCCACACCACCCUAGACUCAGCUAGCACCAUCUUUCACCUGGACAACU